AUGUCACGUCUGGACGUCAAUUUUUUUGGCGGUUUCUGACGGUGUCGUCUUGUGUUUCGCAUCGUCCCAGAGCGAAACGAGAUUUUAUUUUGUACUUUUUGCAGCAUGUUUUAGGGUCGAAGUAGCUUAGAAAAUAUAACACGUUGAGGGAAAGUGACGGAAACCUCAAGUCCCAGGCCACAGAGACGGCAGCUUUUUAAUGUUUUACCCGUCCGACCCGCCCGUGAAGCCGGAGGAGCACUCUCCAGUGGAGAUGGCGGAUGAUGGCGGACCGAGCUCCUGCUGGGCUGGAAGAUGGUCACAGCAACUGUCAGGACUUCCUAACAAGCUCCUGCAGCGUCUGAUGCCCUUCCAAAGAGAGGGUGUGGAGUUCGCCUUGUCUCUGAACGGACGAUGUAUGAUUGCCGAUGAGAUGGGUCUCGGGAAGACGGUGCAGGCCAUCGCGGUGGCAUAUGCCUACAGGCAGGAGUGGCCUCUGCUGGUGGUGGUGCCAUCCUCCCUCAAGUACCCCUGGAUCGAGGAGCUGGAGAGGUGGAUCCCGGAGCUGCAGCCCGGAGACAUCAAUUUGGUGGAGAACAAGAGCCACACCGUGGGUAUUGGCAGCACUAAGGUGACAGUUCUGGGUUAUGGACUGCUCACUACAGACGCACGCCCCCUAGUGGAGGCUCUCACCAGACAACGCUUCUCCGUGGUGGUGGUGGACGAGUCGCACUACCUCAAAUCCCGAAACGCAGCUCGAACUAAAAUCCUGGUUCCUCUGAUUCAGAGUGCAAAACGAGCCAUCCUGUUGACCGGAACUCCAGCACUGGGCCGACCCGAAGAGCUUUUUAUGCAGAUUGACGCGCUCUAUCCCAGGAGGUUUGGGACCUGGACGGACUACGCCAAAACAUACUGCAACGCCCAUUACAGGUACUUUGGGCCUCGCAGGCAGUGGGACUGCCGCGGGGCGUCCAACCUGGAGGAGCUGCACCGGCGGCUGAGUCAGAUUAUGAUCAGACGGCUCAAAGCCGACGUCCUCACCCAGCUGCCCCCCAAAAUCCGCCAGCGCAUCCCUUUCGACCUGCCUAAGGAGGCGGCAAAGGAAGCGGCGGCCAGCUUUGCCGAGUGGGAGAGGCUGAUGAAGGGUCUGGGGUCGGGGGUCGCAGACAACCCCUUCACAGAGGUCAUGAGCCUGGUGACUCAGAUGUACAAGCAAACCGCCAUCGCCAAGGCGGGAGCUGUGAAGGACUACAUUAAGAUGAUGCUGGAGGCGGAGCAGCUGAAGUUCCUGGUGUUCGGGCACCACCUUACCAUGCUUCAAGCCUGUACCGAAGCUGCCAUCGAGGCCAAGGCUGGUUACAUUCGAAUCGACGGCAGCGUUCCAGCGUCUGAACGAAACCAGUUGGUCCAUAAAUUCCAGAGUGAUCCAGAAACCCGUGUGGCCAUUCUAAGCAUCCAAGCAGCUGGACAGGGUUUGACCUUCACCGCCGCCAGCCAUGUGGUGUUUGCCGAGCUCUACUGGAACCCCGGUCACAUCAAGCAGGCGGAGGAUCGCGCCCAUCGCAUCGGGCAGACGUCCUCCGUCAACGUGCACUACCUGAUCGCCAAGGGCACCUUCGACACCGUCAUGUGGUCCAUGCUCAACAGGAAGGAAACUGUGACUGGCAGCACUCUGAACGGGAGGAAGGAAUACCUGAAGGCCGACGAGGGGGACAAAGACAAGUGGGAAUUCCUCAACUUUGCUGACUCGUGGAAGCCGACGGAGAUGGUGCUGCCGCUGGAGGGAAACUCCGGAAAAACCAAUGAUGACAUUUUCUUUAGUCAUUUUGAGAAAGAGAAGCAGCACGACAUUCGUUCCUUUUUCUCCCCGAGCGCCAACAAGGAUAAGAAGAGGAGGAGAGGGGAGGACGGAGGAGAGACGUCUUCCAUCUCCUCCGAGGUGAACAGUGAGAAUGAGGACAGAAACUCUUCGCCCUCCGACCUAGACUUUUCCCCGCAGUUGAAACGGCUGCGAACGCCCCGGCCCAGACCGAGUCCUCUAUCGCGGUUUGGGGGGAAGCAGGCGGCAUUAAGGAGUCCCGGGGUCUCGGUCAUGACCCCGCGGAAGCUGGCACAACCUGAAGUGGUGUCGACGUGGAACUGUGGGGCCUGCACCUACUCCAACAGCAGCCUGCUGCCUUAUUGUGAGAUGUGCGAGUUCCCGCGCUCGGCCUCGACUCUCAAAACAGAUCCGCAAGGUCCAGGCCCGGACCGCCCGCCGCCCAGCUCCGGCCGGGAGGAAGUCAAACAGCAGGAGGAGGGAUCUCCCAAAGACAAACAGAAAGUAGGAGAAGCUGAGGAAGAGGACGAGCUGAGGCUCAAAGGCAAACAGUCAUCCGGAGAGAGAGUUGACGGUGGCGGGCGCCUCCCCCCUGACCACACACACGACUGCAGAGCUGUGGCGUGUUUGUUUUCUGCUUCUGAUGCUAAUGGCGAUGAUGAGGGCAGGGGUGGAGAUGACGCCAGCACCACCCAGCCCGUCUACCCAGGCCUUCAGUUCUGCGCCAGCCAGUACACAGACCGAAUAUAUCUAUACUCUAAGGACGGAGCGCCGCUGAGCUUGAGCUUCAUCCCUCUGGACAUCAAACUAACCAACUGGGACGACCUGCCGGAGGCCUUCAACCGGCACCGGGAAAAUCGAAUCCAGGUGCUGAGGUUUGUUCAGGAGUGGAGUGGCCUUCCAGCCAUGAAGCAGAAGCUGCUUCGACGCAGCGGCCUCCUCUUCCACAGCCCCAGCCUGGGCCUGCAGGAGCUGACCGCCGCACAGCGCCCCCACUCCAGCACCAAGAGGUACCUCAGCAGGGAUGAGGUGGCUCUGGCCUCCCUGAGCAAAGCCCAGCAGGAAGGAGGCGGCGUCCGGCUGGUCACCAAGGAGAACUUCUUCACCAGGAGGAAGCCUGCGUGUCGGCGAACAGCGGAGAGCUCAAAUGACGAGCAGCCAAGUUCAUCGACGGACCAGCAGCCACCAACAGAGGCCGGAUACCUGCAGGCCACGGAUAGUCACGGCGUCCCGUUGUGUCUGUCGUGCCAGCAGGCCUGCCCCACCACCGGGGGGCCCUGGGACACUCGCUUUUGCAGCUUAAAUUGUGAAAAGGAGUUCUUGUUGCGCUCCAGCCAAACGUACAUGCGGUCGCAGGUCCUGGAGGCGGAGCAAGGAGUCUGUCAACAUUGCGGCCUCCACGCCCACGAUCUGUUCCUGAAGAUCCGGGACGCUCCUCCCUCCCAGAGAAAGGAGAUGUUGGAAAACACCUGGCUGGCCCAGCUGCCCCUCAAACAGCUGAACGAGAUGAUCCGCGCUCCGGUGGAGGGGGAUUUCUGGCAGGUUGACCACAUCCGGCCGGUGUACAGCGGAGGAGGACAGUGCUCCCUGGAUAACCUGCAAACGCUCUGCACGGUCUGCCACAAAUCUCGGACGGCGCAGCAAGCCAAAGAGCGCAGCCGGAUGAGGAAGAGCACUGCUGCGUCCAGGGUUGCGUCAGACAUCACCCAGUUCUUCUUCAAGAAAUGAGAAGAUGAAGGAGUUUUGUAGGUUAGGUACAGAUUAGGUAUGCUUUAUAUCAUGAAGACAUGUAAGAUAUAGUGUUUUCCAAUUCUUAGAUGAUAAAAUAAUUCUAAAAUUUUGACGAAGGAACUGUUUUAAGAGACACAAGGCCCAUACUACUGAAGAUACUUAAAUCUGAGUUGUUUUUAUCUAAUUUUUUGUGCUUUUUUCGAAAGAUGGUCUCUGCUGAUGAAAUUGGCCAAACUGGUCAUACCAGUUUAGCCACCUUAUGCAACAUUUAGCAAGUUAGUCUUGGUUGCUCAUGUUCGUUUAUACCAGUCAAGUUAGCUCAUGCUAGCCAUGUUACUCUGUGUUAAUCAAGUUAACCUUUUCUGGUCACACCAGCUAAGUUUGCUAUGAUUGCUACAUUAGCUUAAACUGGUGCCUUUGUUCACUAUGUUAGCUUAUGUUAACUACAUUUGUUGGUUAUGUUAUCAUACACAAGUAAAGUUAGGCUAUGCUCACCACAUUAGCUUGAACUAGCCAUGGUAACCUGAAUUUGUUAUUAUUUAUCAAGUUAGCCUUUGCUGUUCAUGUUAGCUUAAUCCAGUAAAGUUUGCCUGUGCUACCAUAUUAGCCAAAACUGGUUAUCCUGAUCUGGUCGAGUUAGCCUGUGUUUAUCAAGUUGGCUCACAUUAGCCUAUACAAGUUUGCCUGUGAUAGGGACAUUAGCCUAUAACAGUCAAGUCAGCCUAUGCUAACUAUGUUAGCCUAAAUCUGGUCGAAUUAGCCUAUGCUUAUCAAAUUAGCCUCGGCCGGUCAAGUUAGUUAAUGCCAGUCACGUUUGCUUAAUCUGGUCGAGUUAGCCUGUGUUUAAUAAAUUAGGAUUGGUCGGCCAAGUUAGCCAAUACCAGUCAAGUUACCCUAUGCUAGCCACGUUUGCCUAAACUGGUCAAAUUUUCCUGUUUAGCAAACUAGCCUUGGCGGAUCAAGUUAGCUAAAGCCAGUCACGUUUGCCUAAAACUGGUCGAGUUAGCCUGUGUUUAUAAAAUUAGUACUGGCCGGCCAAGUUAGCUAAUACCAAUCAAGAUAGUGUAUGCCAGCCACGUUGGCCUAAACUGGUCAAGUUAGCAUAUGUUUAUCAAAUUAGCCUUGGCUGGCCAAGUUAGCUAAAACCAUUCAGGUUAGACUGUGCUAGAUACGUUAGCCUAAUCUGGUAAAGUUAGCAUAUGUUUAUUAAAUUAGCCUUGGCCAGUCAAGUUAGGCUAUGAAUUCCCAUGUCCCCUAACAUCAGCUAACCCACGUUUGCCACUAUCCUUCGAGCUAGCUGAUGCUAUUCAAAUUAGCCUGUGCUAAUUAAGUAAUUUAUGCCACUUUAUGAAGGUUGACAUCAACCAAGCUUCACUUUUGGAAAGAAUAUUUUUCAACAAAUACAUUUUUGAUAUUUGUUGUUGGUGUUGCCCUCAGAUGAACCAUCCUUUUCAUUAGUACAUGGUAAAUAUGUUACAGUAAUUGAUCAUUAUUGGCUGACCUAUAUUAAAGAAAAUAGAAGUUUUUUUUUCUCUACCUGUUUUGAAAAAUCAGCAUCUAAAAUAAUAUCACCGUCAUAUCAUAAAUCUGCCUACUUCUAUACUACUUCUAUACACAUAUACAAGUUUUUCAGUAGAGUCUAUUAGAUGAAGUAUUUGCUCAUAUAUCACCAGUUUUUAAAAAUGAUUUUCUAUGUUCCCUAACUUCAAGCAACCCUAGCAGUAACGCUCAUAAUUCAUUGUUUUAAGGGGAAACUUCUAAAUCAAGUUGUAGAUCCGAUUAGGGCUUAGUGUCCACCCGAAAGACAGAACUGCCGUUGGCGUCCAGAUUUCUUCCCGUCUUCCAGUCGCUCACGUCGCGCUAGUCCUCAUUACGGCAAAAAAAAGUGCAGCUGAGGAGGUUUACCUAAAAGAAAAUGUAAAUGCAGCCAACUCCCUGUCGUCCCCGAACCGUCACCAGCGAGGUGGGUUUGAUUUAUGACGACCCCCUUUCCUCGCCUCCAGGCUGAAGUGGAGCAGGUUGCUCGGAGAGACGCGGCUAUUUAAAGGUUUUGCAAACUUGGUAAAAAGAAGCAGGUGAGAUGAAUGAAGGGGGCUCUGAGAUAAAACCAGGUGUCCUCAUUGGUGUUCUCAACAUGUGGCGCCUUGUACGUCUUCUUUUUUUUUUUUUUUUGAUGGAUGCUUGAGAACUCCCCGGUGAAAUAAAAUGUUCCGUCCCAUUGAGCUCUUUUGCUUCUUGAACCACAGUUUGGAAUGUAAAUACACCGAGAUGCUGCCGCUCUCACAGUAGCGCAUCAUUUCAUUGCCUCAAGUCAGGAACAUCAUUGUCCACAUAUCUGCGUCCUCUCCAGCUGUGCCUGAUGAUCUGAGCAGAAUGUACCGGCUAUGUUUAGAGAGACGGAGAGCCGGUUACUAUGGAAACAAGACUUCGGGUUCAGCCAUGUCGGGGAUAUUGAAUGUGUUUCUUUUUUUUUCCGUGUGUGUAUGUGUGAGGUUACACAAUGAGCCAGACAUCAGAAGGUCCAAUCAAUACCAGCAGGCUCCUGUGAAAACGAGGCCUUCGCAUUCCUCCACAGCGCAAUUCCGCUUCCCCGUUAGGCUCCAUCAUCGACGCCCCUGUGUCACAAUUUGUCCGCCUGUCAGCCGUGUCAAACUCCUAACUCAGCAAAUCCCCGCCAUCGCCGGGAAAGUUUGAGAUUUUCCCUGACAGCUCCAACUUCCCGCAGCCUAUCAGCGCGGAGAAGAAGAAGCCACGGCGUCAAACUCUGCGUGAAGGCGUAGGUGUGUGUGUAUUUCCCCUACGGCUGCUCCAGGUCUCCACUUAAUAAGACCGUCGUUCCUCUCCUGUCCAAACCGACAAGCUUUGAGAGUAAUGAACAUCUCCCAUGCAGGCCUCCGACAACAGCAGGUUUCAGUGUCAGUCCCUGUCAGCAGUCAAUGACUCUGAUCUGCUGCUUUAUUGCACCCAAAAGGUGUGCAGUAGACGAGAAAAUCCCGCUGACUUUGUCUUAGUUAUAAAUAAUCGGAGCGUUUGGAUGGGAAGUCAUAAUGAUCGGGUCUGCGAGGCCGUUUGCUUUGGAAAACAGCCCAAAGGACAAACACCACCAUCCCCCCCCAGCAGGUGCAAUAAAAACGGACUCAAACACAGCCGGACGGCCGCCGGGGGUUUGUGUGUUUGACACGCCGAUCACCUCCCAGACGUCUUCUCUAAAGCUAUCUCCAGAACAAAUCCAAACUCCUCCGUCGGGAGACUUCAACACCUUUUGCUCGAGAGAACAGAAACACUUUUUUUUUUUAUUUACAGGUUUCAUAGCAACAGCACGCGCCGCGCAUGUCUGACAGCUAAAAUUAACCGCGCAAAUAUCCAGCGGAAAUAAGCACACGCAAUUAAAUAAAAUCACAGAAAACUGACACGGAGAAGAAAGUGAAGAAAAUGGGCGAGAAGCUGCAAGGCAAUGCUCCUAAACUUUAUUUAAAAAGACAAUUUAGGUUUUCUUUUAAGAAAAAUUGUCGUUUUUCCAGAAAUCUCAUUUAAAUGAAUCAAAUUAACAAACACACGUGAGAAAAAUCUCCCCCCCCCCUGCCUAUUGUUGGGUCUUAAAAUGAGGCAAAUACAAGCUCAGAUUAACAACAAUGCGCAUUACAUCUUGCCAAUAUUUGCUGAACUACAACUAAGCCGCCCUGCUUAGCACCCCCAUAAUGUUCCUGCAGGAAUUAAAAACAUGCAGGUGGUGGUAAUCCUGUGCAGUUGAUUGAUCUCCAUCAGAUGUGAGCUCUGCUGUGAAAGUUCUGUCAGCUUGGGGCUCUGGGACGCUCAGGUGCUACAAGGAAAAAAAAAGAAAAAAAGGCGUCAGCAGCAAUCUUCAGGAAUCAGCUGGAGCUGUCUGUUGGACGUUGUGAGACGACUUCCAACGACGUGGGAAUCCGUCAUUCUUUGGCGAUAAGAAGACAAAAACCUUCAAGAGGUCUUAUAAUCUUCUCAGGAGUGACUGUAUAUGAGAACUGGACUGAGCCACCCCUCCCCUUGUUCCAAACAGGAAGUAUCCACCGGCUCCAAGAAGCCAAAAAUCCCAUAGCCUUCUAUUGAGACAUAAACCGCUAUACUUUAAACAUGUUCUGGAUUUUUUUUAAUGAAUACUCAAAUCUGAUUGGCUGCUGCGUGUGGAUUAAAAAGUGAUAAUCCACAGUGAUAAUGCACAACUAAGAAAUAAAUUACGGUCACAUAGCCCACAUGUUCUGUAUUACUGCUCAGGCUUCUUUAAAACAAACUUUUGCUUCUUCAUCUGGGCAAAAACAAACAUUAAGAGGUGAAAUUCUCUCUAAAAUGAAAGUUUAUUUAACUUAUUGUGACGAUCAGCAUAUAUACAAUUGGAAAAGAACCUGUGUGAGUACCUCAAUUUUUGUACAAAAUGGACACGUGAUAUGUUUUUAUUUUUUAUCUCGAGAAAAUAUUGCUGUUUAAAUUGCAUCAGUUUAUAUGUUCAUGUUGUUAUUGAACAUAAAACCAAGUCAUUCUAAAAGGGGUUCACAUAUUUUCUGUAUCUCUUUCGUUUAUCGCUGUAGUCGAGGUUGAUGUCGGCUCAACGGUGCGUUGUCAUGUUACUGUGACAACCAACAAUCAAAUAAUCUGCAUUUUGUAAUCUAAACUAAAAAAAUAACAAGUAUAAAGUACUUCAAAUGAAUAUUAAAAAAAUAUUUAUUUGUUUUAUACCAUGGUUUAACCGGGAUAAUGCCCGGCGAAGUGUGCAUUAUCAGAAAUUAACACAUUUCUCAGAAACGACCAUCUAUAACGUGUCAAUUUCUGAUAAUGCACACUUUGUCGGGCAUUAUCCCUUAGAUAAACUGACCAAUCAGAUGCUUCAAUAAAAGUUUGUGGACUCACAUUCAACCUUUGAAACUUUAGAUUGACUGUUUACCCAAGCCCACCUUCUAACAAGCUCACUCCUGAUUGGUUAGGGUGGUUUCCAUAGAAAUGAUCACUCAGACCAAUCACAGCUUACGAUUACUGAGGAUUUCUGACUCCAACCAUGAAAAAAUAGUGACUGAAUUGGCUUCAUUUGGUUGGAGCUGGAGGUAACUCAUUUUUUACGGGUGAUGUCACACUCGCUCAGUUACUUUCAUGCAUGAAACUAAAGAUGUUUCAUCUACAAAACAACUUUUGUGGCACAACUUGUCUGGGGUCGCCACAACGAAUCAGCUUUCACCGAUAUUCACACUUGGUUUGGCAGAGAGUUAUACACCAGAAUCGCUUUCUGCCCCGAGCCUGUACUUUAUCCUGGCUAGAAACUGGCACAGGAAGACUCAGAUUUUAGCCCCCCUGUGGCUACAUAGAAGGGGUUUAAAAAAGAAGAAUUUACAUCUAAAUAAAAAUGUAUUUUUGGAUGACAUCUUUGUGAAGAUGUAACCAUGGAAACUUGUUGCUAAAGUGAUCAAAUAUGCCAUAUAAAAAAAUAAAAGCACUUUUGAGGUCUGAAUAUUCUUGGACUUCUCUUUGUAUUGACAAGCGAUUGUAAGUCCCAAGGCAAAUUUUCUCACCGAAAAACACAUAAAUAGUGACAAAGCGGGAAAUAUCGUAACAGCAGUUGUAAACUCUUUCUCAAAUUCACUAAAGCAAACGUGAAAAACCAAAGAACGUCUUCUGGCUAGCUUUGGGAUAGUGGGAUGACAAUCUGUUUCUGUUACUUUUUUAAUGUCGCCAUUUUGGAGACAAAUAGGACUUCACUGAACAAAAACGUCUAGGACAAAUGUAAAUGUAGGACAAGCAAGUUUUGGCAUUUAUUUGAACGACAGUUAUAAAGAGACUGACAAACUUUGUGGUCAUGUGACCCAAUGGUUUGCUUUGGGCUUAUUUGACGAUCGUCUCUCAGCUUUAACUUUUUUUUACUAUAGAACCUUUGAGUAAAUAUGCAACACUUUAUGUUUGUCAUGUGUUGCAAAUCAGUGCAAACCCAAUCACCUAAUUCCCACUGAUCUUGUAAACUUUCAUAACGUUACAGUAUGUCAAAGAGCAUGUGUUAUUUAGGUGACAUUGUUAAAGGGUUAAGGUCACCAUCAUUUUGACCUUAUGUGACAUCACUAAGCUACUCCUCUAUGGUGUAUACUUACCAAAAUCAUGAAGUUCACAAGGAAAUCACCGCCAAUACAAAUAUUUUAUAAACUCUACCCACAUGAAUAAAUGAUAAUAUGAAUUAGUCAUUUUUAAGAAAAGUAAAAGUUUUUUUCUAUUUUUUUGGUGGCCGUGGUGCAGUGGUAGAGUGGUUGAUUGGAAAAUAGAAGGUUCGAUUCCCGCCUUGCCUGCCCUUUUUUUCCUUGGUCAAGACAAAUUGACCAAGGACACAUUGUUGUGGUUAUAAGUUGGCGCUAGUGUUCUGUAGUGGAGUCGCCAUCAGUGUGUGAAUGUACGAGAGGGACUGUGACUGUAAAGUUAAUUGGGGCUUCUAAAAAGUAGUAAAGUGCUAUAUAAGUAUACACCAUUUACCAUUUUACCUGUGUUGAUUUCAAAGGGUUUCCGUUUCAGACCAGCCUUGGGAAAAAAAAGGAUGUUUCCCCCGUUUUGGAAAAUGGUUAGCCUAGGGUUUGGCAGUCGAUUGUUGAAAAGAAAAAAAACAUGAUAUGAGGCGUUUCUACCUUCUUUAAGGCCCAAUGCGCCUAGUCCCAUUUAGUUGUGCUCUAGACGUUUGCCAACCGGACCACCCGGAGCAACACACAUGAUCAGAGUUUUUCUAAGUCAUGAUCUUUAAAAAAA